AUGCUUCCUUGCCAGAGAGUUUAUCAAGAAAAUGUACUAAAGAAACUGCUUCCAUCAUCAUCACCAUCUUCCUCCUCCUCCUCUUCUUCGCCUGCUAAAGAGAACAAGGAGAAACUAAAAGUGACAGAUUAUAAUGUGCAGCUAGACUAUCAGCUAUCAUCUAAGGAAGAUGUGGUUGUUGCGAUCAACACAAUACUCACAAAUCGAUGGUCUGAAUCGACAGAGCUUCAUGAUAAGUACAGAUUGAACCAUUUAAAAGGAACUAGUUUAGAGGAAGUUAUCUUUCAAAUCAAAAAUUUGUCAAGUAGCUCAAAAGCAGAACUUGUCACAUUUAGACAAUCACUACCAUCGGGGGUAGUUACUGUAACUCAGCUAUACUCUAUUUUCCAUACCCAAGGAAACACGUUUGUUGAUAAGUCAUUAGAGUUGAGUAUACGACGAGGCAUUGUUCGGAAAUUCAUUAUUAGUAAUGCUUCUCCUGUGAUACUGAGAUCUUUGAAUGCUUUUCAACUGAAGAAAGUUACCUAUGGAUUUGAAAAUGUUGAAAUAGUUGCUUUAAGUAAGCAUUUUGAUAAGGUUAUAGAAGAGUCUGUCAACGCCAUGAAAGCCAAAAACGACGAAGAAGCUAGAGGAGUCGUAAGCAGCCUUGAGAAGUUUCAUGACUUUGUCAGGUUGAAUCCACAGGAAAUGUUCAUAUCUUCUUUUCAUUUUACAGAGGCAGAUAUUUCAAAUUUGAUGCGCUUGGGUUAUAUAACGCUUACGUCUAAUCAUUUCAACGAGCAAGAAAGUCACUAUUCAAUUGCAUAUCCUGGGUGCGGAACUUUCCUCAAGUUAGUAAACGAGUGCAAGAUAUGGCUAGUAAAAGCUUUAAAUAAGACAAAGUAUAAAGAAUUAUUAGAGGACGAACUAUUCCGUAGAUGGCUGGGUGUAAAUCCUGAAGGAGAUCCAAAGUUGAAUAAUUUUCGCAAACCAUAUUUCGGUUAUGAUUUGCAUUGGGUAUUGGCUGAUGCUUUGGGGUGUGGUAUAAUUGAAGUUUUUAAUACUCCCGUGGGGAGAGGAUGGAGAUUAACUGGUAAAUUAUAA